UGUAUUACGGUGCGAUUCAUUGUGAUUCAUUGUUACGUGCUGCGAGAUUGAGUUCACGUAGAUACCAUUGGACGCCAUUUCGUCGACCUGACAUCCGUUGAACUAUCGGAUGGCCAAGCCGUGGAGCUCGUGACAAUCCGUCGAAACACGGAAACUAUUGUAUGAAUUGAGAUACAAUAUGGAGCUAGAGUCAGGAAAUGACAAAGAAAAAGUGAAAGCUAAUGCAGAAGUUGCUGUUGCUGAUAAAAAUAAAAUAACAAAGGAAACUAUAAUGGAGCCAGUGUUGGAAAAUAAUAAGGAAAAAGCAAAAACUAAUAUACAAGUUGCUGAUAAAAAUAUAGUAACAAAGGAGCAAAUAGUAACAGAUGUAGGGAUGAAGAAAAGCGAGGAUUCCACCAAUAAGCCAAAGAAGACCGUCGCAAAAGUCAAGACGAAAAAAGUUCGGAACAGUCAAACAAGUAGCGAGCCUACGAAAUUGGAGGACAAUCUAUCUCAAGUGGUGGAACGCUUCAAGAAAGGUUGCGAGUGUGUCGAAGAUGAGUGCUUCAAAGGCUUAAAUCCCGAGGUGGUUUAUCGGCACAGGUUGAACAUCGCGGAACUAACUAAAGCCGAGCAUGAUAUGUAUUUAAUGGGCGUGACGAUGGCCUGUCUGACCGAUCCCUAUCAAACAGCCCGGCACACGGAACGACGUAGACUACGUGCGCAGUAUGUUUAUCAGGGUCGAAGAGUGUGUCUGGACGCUUUCCUGUAUCUGGAGAAUUGUACACAUUAUCAGCUCAAGCGAAUCCGGAAACAUCUAAUGACACAUGGUGUGACGCCGCGCGUGCAUGGUAAUCACGGCAAGAUACCGCAUAACACGUUUUCGCUGGAAACGUACAAAAUCGCGAUGAAAUUCCUGAAGAAUUUUAUCGAGAUGCAGGAGACGAAGCAGAAGACCAAGCUCGCCAAGAACGCGCCGUUGCAUCUGCCGUCGGAUUUGACGCGAAAAACUGUGCACGACCUGUACAUGCAGUACUGUAAGAAGGUGUCGCCAAACGUCAAGAAAUUGGGCUACUCGACAUUUCGGCGUUUCAUGAAGGUGCAAUUCCCGCAAGUAAAAUUCGCCAAACUGGAAUUCGCGAGAAGUCAGACCGCGCAGAAUCAUUGCACGACCGAGUCCGAUGCGAGAGACGACACGGGCCAACGAAGAUCACCCAAGUCGGAAAUCGCCCUCGAGGCAAAAGGCAGUAAGAUACUACCAUUGGUGAUAACCAGUGAUCUAGGACAGACUGAUACCUACGUGCUGACGCCUAUCAGAAAUUUGCAUGACAAUUGUACUGCGACUUAUCAGGUCACUACGCGCGGGCUGGUACUCAACUGUUAUCACACGAUUGAAAACAAAAGCGUAUAACGUGGAAGACUGAAAAACAAAAUAAUGAAAAAAUAAUUUUAUACAAACGGUAUGCGUGUAUACAAUAUAUGAAUGUGAUAUAUAAUGUAAGACUGUAUUUCCCUGACAAUUG